AUGGGAGUAUCAGAGACUCCGACGUUAUUGAUGGAUAUUUGUACGGGCUGGCCGGAGGUCACGACGAGGUGGCUGGCCGGGGAGAGGGACGGGACUGUGGAGGCGAAGGGCAGGGAGAGGAGGGAUGACGGGGAAAGAGAGAGGGGGAGGAGUGAAGGAGGAGGUGGGCGAGAGACGGCUGACCGAGAGUGGAGAAGGCGGAGUCCGGGUAAGAUUCUGGUUCAAAGGUUCAAAAUUAUUUUUCUCUCCUACCACACUUCUAGCUUGACUUCCUACCUUCUGACUCAUAGGACUCGUAGAUUCACUAGAAUAAAUACUAUUGGUUCUCAGCCAUUCUCCAAACCACCCAAGAUUAAGCACAUUUCCAAGUUAAGCUCAUUUCUAAACAACUCUUAUUUGAGUGUCCCAGUUAACCACGAUAAAAACAGAAAGUCUGGAGGCUUUCAUACCUGA